AUGCGAACGGAGGUUAUCAAGGCGGACACCAUUCACUUGGCCAUCAGAAAAAUUCUUUAUGAACUUGCGGCGGAUACAACGAACAGCAGAGAGAAUGCCAUCUACUUUGAUGGCUGGGAUGGGCUUGGGGCAUCUACCGUCCUACAAGCCAUAGCCAAACUCUUCACAAUAGAUGAGCUGGCAACAAAUUCGGUGGGGCUGGAGUUUGAAAAAAUCAUCCACAUUGACUGCUCAAAGUGGGAGAGCAGAAGAGCAAUGCAGAGGAAAAUUGCAGAGCAGCUGCAGCUUCCUACCCAAGUCAUUGACAUGUUCAACAAGCAAGACGAAGAGGAUGAUUUUAACGGGUUAGACCAAGGCUCCCGUGGUGAGAUAGCACAAGUUACCAUAGCAAUUUACCAAACCAUACAGAAUCACAGAUUCCUGGUGAUUCUGCACAAUGAAAGCAAUGAGGAGAUUGAUAUACUCAAUUUUGGACUUUCUCUAUAUGGAUAUGCAAAUAGCAAGAUGCUGUGGACAUUCCAAGGGAGGUUUCGUCUUGACCCCAAGAUGAUAGACCAUGUGAAGAAGAGCACAUCGACACAUGUUCUUCUUUCAGCUUCAAGAGAUGAGUGA